AUGGUGCUUUCGUUCAUACUUAUUCAGAAUCGGCAAGGGAAGACGAGAUUGGCGAAGUGGUACGCUCCAUAUAGUGACGAUGAAAAAGUGAAACUCAAAGGCGAGGUCCAUCGCCUCGUCGCCCCCCGGGACCAAAAAUACCAAUCAAACUUCGUCGAAUUCAAACGUAGUACCAAAAUUGUCUACCGCCGUUACGCCGGAUUGUUCUUCUGCGUCUGCGUCGAUGCAAACGAUAACGAAUUGGCAUACCUAGAAGCGAUUCACUUCUUCGUCGAAGUGCUGGAUCAGUUCUUUGGGAACGUGUGUGAGUUGGAUUUGGUGUUUAAUUUUUAUAAGGUUUAUGCGAUUCUGGACGAGGUGUUUCUGGCAGGAGAGAUUGAGGAGACGAGUAAACAGGUUGUGUUGACAAGAUUGGAACAUCUUGAUAAAUUGGAGUGA